CUGCUUAUAGUGCCCUACCGCGGUACUCCACAGUACUCAACUCGGCGUCGGAUAUCCACAUCGUUAUCAAAGAGACGUUCGCUCAGUCAAUCUUCGCUCUGUAGCCAGGAGAUCUACCGUACUCCACAAUCACAGCGAAGCAUAGCACCAGGGCCGAAAGGCUUUGGAUUUAUUUUACGCGGAGCAAAACAUGUAACUUCUCCGAUCGAUUUCGAGCCAACACCUUUAUCACCUGCUUUGCAAUUUUUCGAAGGGGUAGAUAUGUCAGGAAUGGCGAUGAGAGCUGGUUUGAGGCCAGGUCCGCAACAUUUAGAGUCCUCUAAAAAAGACAGCGAUUAUCUCCUUGAAAUAGAUGGUAUCGACGUAAGAUCGGCAAGCCACGAACAGGUGGUACACCUUAUCCAGCAAGCUGGUGCUACCAUCACCCUCAAGCCAACACCUCUGUCACCCGCUUUGCAAUUUUUUGAAGGGGUGGACAUGUCAGGAAUGGCAAUGAGAGCUGGCUUGAGGCCAGGUGAUUACCUGCUUGAAAUAGACGGUAUCGACGUCAGGAGCGCAAGUCACGAACAAGUAGUGCAUCUUAUUCAACAAGCUGGUGCUACCAUUACCCUCAAGGUAAUCACUGUUGAUCCGUCACUCCCAAUGACCCCGGCUGGAACGUAUCAAGGACCCAGAAUUCGACCAGGUGAGCUACUUUCUUAGUG